CGCCAAUGAAGCCACUGCCCGCCCGCGCGCCGCAUUCCCAAACCCUACUAUACCCCGCUCCUCUCCUCCCCGUCUGCCGGCUCCCUUCUUCUUCGCUGUCGACGACGCGGACUCCCCGCCGCGCUCCCUCUCUCAGGCCUCGCGGGGUGAUCAGAGGCGGCUGGGAGACUCGUGCGCUCCGACGAGUCCGGUUACGGCGCGGUAAUUAAGCAGGGGAGGAGCCGGCCCUGAGCGGCGGAGUCCAAAAUGAGUGACGACGUGGUAUGGCACUGCAUCCGCCACAACCACUGCAGCUUCAUGUCCAAGAUCACAACGGGGAUCUUCUGUCGCAACCCCUACAACGCGACGGGCAUCUGCAACCGGAGCUCCUGCCCGCUUGCCAACAGCCGCUAUGCCACCAUCCGGGAUCAUGAAGGUAUUUUCUAUCUGUAUAUGAAAACCGCCGAAAGAGCUCAUCUGCCAAACAAAUUAUGGGAGAGAGUCAAACUGCCGAAGAAUUAUGAGAAAGCAAUGGAAGUCAUAAACAAACAUCUUGAAUUUUGGCCUAAGCUACUUGUGCACAAGAUCAAACAGCGGCUGACAAAAAUGACUCAAUAUCGUAUAAGAAUGAGGAAACUUCAACUGAAAGUGAGGGAGAAGGUCAUGACAAUGCCCAGGAAGCAAACACAGCGUGAUCUCCGGAGAAUGGAGAAAGCUGAAAGGGCUGCUCAACUAGAAAGGAAUAUUGAAAAUGAAUUGAAGGAACGCCUGAACAAAGGUGUUUAUGCUGACAUCUAUAAUGUUCCCUUCAAAGCGUUUGAUGAGGUUCUUGAUAUGGAAAGAGAUGAAGUGGUUCUUGAAGAAGAGGAGGAAGAAGAAGGUGAGGUAUAUGUUGAAGGCGAUGACAUGGAAGAGAUGGAUGACAUGGAAGACUUUGAAGGCCUCAGUGAUGGAGGCACAGAUGAAGAUGAUGUUUUGGAUGAUCCCGUAUCAAAGAAACCCAAGGGAUCCUCUUCUUAUUCGAAGCAAAAUGUCGGGAAAAGGUCUAGGAAGGUUAUGACUGAGGUGGAAGAAGACGAGGAGAUAAAUACGAGGCAAAGGCAAAGGGCGUGAGUGCGAAAUGUGCAACUGCAACGACGGUUAUAUGAUGUUAGAUGCCGGCAGGCGCCACUUCUGCUGUAUGUUGGAUCAUUUUAUACUUGCCUUCGUACUGUAACGCGGAGUGCUGAGACGUCAAUUAAUUUUGGCCGUGGUUUACAUGGCCUAAUAUGUUAUGAGCAAGAAAAAGAAACGGGUGAUAACUCAGUUGAGGAUGUGGGAGACCAUCUAGUUUUCGAGGUGAAUUUAGGUAUCUAUUU